AUAAAACAAGGAAAAUAAUGUUGGCGACUCUCUGCAAAGGAGAGGAGUUGUUUGGCCAAAAAUUCUCUAUAUUUGUCACUACGCGGUUUUUUCGAAAAUAACAGUAACCUAUUACUUUUUUAAAAAGUCGCUCAAGAGGUAAGAAAAGAGGAAAGAAAUCUAGGCAGAGUUGGUUACACUGGCACUGCGGUGACAACUGCAGCCUGACUGGGAGAGAAGAUGCCAGCAGCAGAGGAUUUACAUGGCACCAACAAACUUGUAGACAACAUCUGUAGGCUUUCUCCAGAUCUGUUAGUGGAAGCAUGUCAGCACAUUCUGACUUAUCUUCAAGGGCAGGCUAGAGGAGUAGAUUCAGCUGAAAUUUCUGAUAGGUUUCAGAGAGCUGGAGUCAGACUUGACCAUGAAGCUCUGCAGAACACUAUCAGAUUUCUUUUGAUAACAUUCAGGUCGGCUGGGAAGAACAACCUCUCCGGAGAUGACCUUGUAUUGAGGCUGGAAGAAGGCAGUAACAAGUGGUCCAAAGCUUCCCUUCAGGUGUUGCACAACUUGUGGAGUGAACAUGGUGCAUUAGUCCAUGCUCAGCAACAGGUUCAGGCCAUGUUAAGCAUCGGCCAGUUAGUAGACAUACAGUGGAAGCUCGGCAUGGCAGUGAGUUCCGACACCUGCCGAUCUCUCAACUCCCCGUAUGUGUCUCUGCUGCUGAAGAUCAUUGAGCCCUCUGGACAGAUUUGUCAGAGGUCUUUUGAGAUGACCAUUCCCCAGUUCCAGAACUUUCACAAGCAGUUCAAGGAGAUGGCAGCUGUUAUGGAGACUGUAUGAUGGCUGCAAGGACACCUAAGUGCUUUUCAGAAAAUAUGCCCCAGUUUACAUGUAACCACUGGAAGAACAGCUCGAGCCAGGUUUUUGUCUGUCGGCUGUCUCAGAAUGUGGAUACGAAUUACUGCAAAUGUUAUUUGUCAGUUUUGCACUUCAGUUUUAAGCGAUUUACUGCAGCCGGUAAAAUAUCUGAAAAUGUUUGUCGUCACUUUGAAUGCCAAAAUUUCAGUGUACUCCCUCCUUUAACUUAUUCAUAUAUAUUGAAUUUUAGUUUAGGGACAUGUAGCAUAGAGGGCUGAACAAUUAAUUGAAAUCCAAAUCGCAAUAUGGCCCAAGUGCAAUAUCCAAAUCGCAGGAGCUGCAA